AGGCUCGUCCUGCUUAGCCGGUAGAGCACAAGGUUGAGAGCCUUGGGCUCGAGCCCCACGGUCGGCCAAUGAAUAAUAUUUUUUUCGCUCGUCUCUUCUUUUUUGAUUCGUGAAGGGCUUUUCGGACAAUUCAUUACCCCGCAAAACUUUUCACCAACAGAAUCCUAUCUUCCCUCGUCUUCCAAGCAAACCACAAGUCGAAAACAGCAAGCAUAGCUUAAGCCCUCGCCCCACCCUUCCGGCGACAACAUCACCACCUUUCCACCGUCAUAUGACCUCCACUAGCCAUACAAAACCUAAUUCGGACACCGAAAACGACACCGUAAAAUCAUCACCCAGCAAUAGCGGAGGAAUGAGACUCGUUGUGCCAUUACAAGGCGUAGUUCAAGGCCGAGGCGGACUUAUUUUAGGUUCACUCAUUCCUUGUGCACUUUUCUACUUCCUACAAUUCUACUUAAAACGACACCGUCCUAAGCCUUCUGCCUGUAAUCCUCCCUCACCGUCAACUUCAUCGCCCAACUUAGCAGAGUUACACCGUUCGUCUUCCCGUUUAAAUCUGACAACUCGUAGCUCCGUUGGCAGGGUUUUUUUGUCUUCCAGGGCUAGUGUGGUAGCUGCACCGAAUGAUUCACCUUACUACAUUGGAAUGGAUAGGUUCCGAGCUGAUCCGUAUAAUGAAUUGGAUAAUCCUGACGGUGUUAUUGAUCUAGGAAUUGCGGAAAACAGGUUGUCGUUAGAUUUGAUGGAGAAGUGGAUUUCAAGCAAUUUGAACGUUUCAACACUUGGAGGAGUCGGUGAUGGAUUGAAUAUCAAUGGAAUUCUUACGUACCAGCCAUUUGAUGGAUUGACUGAAUUGAAAGUGGCCUUGGCAGGCUUCAUGUCUCAAGUCAUGGGAGAAAAAGUGUCAUUUGAUCCAUCUCGAAUGGUGUUAAUGUCUGGUGCAACUCCGGCCAUUGAGGUUCUGUGCUUUUGUUUGGCUGACCAUGGGAAUGCUUUACUUGUUCCAACACCCUAUUAUCCUGGCUUUGAUAGGGAUAUAAGAUGGAGAACUGGUAUAGAUCUUAUACCUGUUCACUGUCGUAGCUCCGAUGCUUUCAUGGUGGACAUAGCAGCUCUUGAUCAAGCAUUUAGUCAGGCAAGAAAGCGAGGGCAAAAGGUCCGUGGAAUACUUAUCUCAAACCCAUCUAACCCUGUAGGGAACAUACUGAGUAGGGAAAUGCUACAUAGUGUCUUAGAUUUUGCAAGGGAGAAGAACAUCCAUGUAAUAUCAGAUGAAAUAUUUGCUGGAUCUAAUUACGGUGGUGAAGAGUUUGUAAGCGUUGCUGAAAUUCUUGAUGAAGAGGAUGCUGACAGGGACAGGGUUCAUAUAAUAUAUGGAUUAUCCAAAGACCUUUCUGUACCAGGUUUUAGGCUCGGAGUUCUGUAUUCCUUCAAUGAAAAUGUUUUGGAAGCAUCUAAAAAGUUGACAAGAUUUUGUUCCGCUUCAGCACCAACGCAAAGCCUAUUAGUUGCAAUGCUUUCAGAUACUGGGUUCAUCAAGUAUUAUAUGAGAACAAACAGAGAGAGAUUGCGGAAAGUGUUUGACUUAUUCGUGGCAGGUCUAGAACAAUUGGGCAUCAAAUGCAUGAACAGCAGUGCAGGCCUGUAUUGUUGGGUUAAUAUGAGCAAAUUCAUUUGCCCUUAUAAUGAAAAAGGAGAGCUUGAGCUGUGGGAGAAGCUCUUGAAUGUAGCUAAGAUAAACAUGACUCCAGGGUCAGCUUGCCAUUGUAUUGAACCUGGAUGGUUCAGAUGUUGUUUUAGUACGUUAGCAGAAAAGGACAUUCCUUUAGUUAUGGAACGGAUACGUAAAGUUGUUGAACGUAGUUAGGCCUCCUGAUUAAAUGUUUAUAGCUUUAAAAUAGGGUAUGCUGUGUUAGAUGUGUCAUCUUUUUCUGAGAAUGCACUGUUCCUAUAUGUGCAUCAUUGACACUUAAUGCUAAAGUUGCACUCAUGUUGUCAAUUAAAGUUCCAAGUUGUACAGUAGAAUGUGAAACAUGUUGCACAAGUUUAAAUUUAAAAUGGAUAACAGAAAUGACUUUCUUA